AUGUCUCAGACUGAUCAGACCGAGGAUAGGAUUAGAUCCUUGGAGCAGUUUGUGAGAGGUCCAGGCUCUACUUCCCUCGACCAUCGAGUUGAGACACUCGAGGAAGAGGAGAAGGAGAAUUAUGAUGCGAUCCAGAUAUUAUAUCAUCUCUCGGGUGCUGAUCACGAUGCAGUGAAUGCCUUGAGUGCUCAGGUUAGAGCACAGAACUAUCGGAUUCAGAUUAUGGAGAGCGAGCUUGCUGCACAGCGAAAUCAGCUGGUUAUCUCUGCGCAGGAACGACGCUACAUCUUGGACCAGUUCGAGGACUUUGUCCUCUAUGUGAUGACUCGAUUUGGGAGGUAG